AUGAGUAAUAACAAUUAAGAGGAAGGAAAAGCAAAUGAGGCUCCUCCUAAUUUAGUUGAAGAAAUCGAAAGAUUCCCAGAGUUUGUUAGAAGGGAUUAAACUGAUGGCAUUUUUAUCGAUUUUAGUUAAGACGGUGCUCUUCAGAAAUUAAUAAAUUUAUCAAAAUGUCCUUUCAAUGAGAGAUUAACUUACACAAAGCAUUUAGCAGAUCUUUUAUAACUGAUUGGUGACGCUGCAAACGAGCAUUUAAAAUAGAUUAUAGAUUUCAUUAUUGCAGAUAACGACGAUAUUAAGCGUACACUACUUGUAUAACUACCUUAAGUUAUUGAUUAUCUUAAGGUAUAGCCUUAAGGUUAUGCCUAAAUCAGAGAUAUUUUGACUCCUGCUUUAUUCUAGCUUAUAGGAAACGAAAAUUUAGAUAUUAAAGAAGAUUCAGGUAAAAUCUUAGCAUAGAUAGGAGAUAUUAUGAAUAAAGACGAUAGAGGAAAAUAUAUUUUAACAAAGGUCUUAAAUAUGGCUCAUGAUGAUUAAGUUGAUGAUAAUAGAAUUGUUGCUAUUCAAUUACUUACUCAAAUGGCCCACUGUUUUGGUACUGAAUUAUGCGAGCAAUUUGUUGGUUUAGAAAUUUUGAGUUUAGGAGAAGAUCCUCAACUCCGUGUAAGAAAGGAAAGUGUUUUAAAUUUACCUAUUGUUGGCAAAGUUGUAUCUUAAGAAUUCUUUUAACAACGUCUUUUACCUUUCUAUAUCAGGAAAAGUCAAGACAAUUUCUGGGGUAUAAGAAAAGCAUGUGUAGAAAUCAUAGUAGAAAUAUCAAAUAUUUGCAACAACAAAGUCAAGGAAAUUGAAUUAACAGAGCUUCUUUUAAAUUGUUUAAAGGAUUAAUCAAAAUGGGUUAAGAUUGCAGCCUAUAAAAACUUAGGUCCUUUUAUCGUAACUUUAGAAAACUGCCAUGCUUCUGAAAAAUUAUUUGAUCAUUACACUAAAAUGACUGAUAACACAAUUAAUAGCUUAUCAAAUGAAAAUGAAAUAUUAAUAUCAUGUGCUUAAUACUUCCCUGCAAUUCUUAAAGUUUACGGAGAAAAGAAAUGGAAUCAACUUUAAAAAACUUUUAGUUUCUUAUUGAAAAGCAACAUUAAGAAAGUUAAAAAACCAAUUGCAUGCAGUUUACAUGAAAUUGCUUUGAUUCUAGGACAAGAAAAGGCUGAGAAAGAUCUAUUUAAUGUAUUAGAUUAAAUUCUUAAAGACCCAAAUGAUGAAGUCAAGUACGGUGCUAUUUCUCACUUGGCUUAAUUCAUGAAGGUCUUUGACAGCUAAAAAAGGGAAAACUUUUUAGAUGUGUUCCUAAUUUUACAAAAGGAUCCCAAAAAGUGGAGAAUAAGAGAAUUGAUUGCUAAAUAAAUUGAUGAAUUAACUUUGAUGUUCAAUAGCGAAACUGUUUUUAGAUACAUUAUGCCCAUCUCUUUUAAACUCUGUAACGAUACAGUUGCAAUAGUAAGAGAAGAGGCUGCAAAAAAAGUUCAUUCCAUUCUACUUCAGCUUUUAUCUGAAAAGGCAGAAACUUCUGAAAUUUUCUUUGAAUGUGUAGUAAACAAUAUUAAAGCCUUUUCGAUUUCCAAUCGUUUCAAUUAGAGAUAAACAUUUGUUUUGAUGUGUAACUAAUUAAUGAUGUAUGAUAAAAUAUUUAAAGAAUAUUUUAUGGAUGCCUUUGAAGCACUUUCUAAAGAUAAAGUAGUUAAUGUUAGAAUCUCAUUAGCCCAUGCUGUCUCUCAACAUAUAAAAUAAAAUGGCCCUUUAAAGGAAGAUCCUAAAAUUCUUUAGAUUGUUGAGUAGUUGAGCAAAGAUAAGAGCAGAGAUGUUAGAUCUCAUUUUGUUAAUGUUGAUGACUUUAUUUAAAAUAAGGAAAUGAAUUUAACUGAUUUAAUUGAUUAGCUUGGCUAAAUUACUAAAAAUACGGGAGCUAGACUUGAGGCUGUGAGAAAUAAUAGUAGCUAAAUUCAGCCUAGAUAACCUGAAUAAUCAUUGCUAGAUGAUGAAGUAGAAGACCCAUCAAUCGAAAAUAAUUAAUAGGAGGUAUCUCAAUCAGAAACUGUAAAUUAAGCUAAUGGAGAAAGUUAACAUUUAGCUGAACAACAAAAAAGCUCUUCAAAUAAUUAAGAAGCUGUAGAGCAUAAGGAAGAAUAAAAAUCUGAAGGAGGUUAAUAAAAUGUAGAAGAACAAUAAAAUUAGGUUGUAUAAGAAGAAUAAAAAUCUGCUGAAGAAUAAGUGUAAUAAAAAGAAGAAAAGGGAUAAGUUUAAACUGAAGAAAACCAAUAAUAAGAUGUAAGUAUUGACAGCAAUAGUAGUAGAGAAGAAGAAGGCUAACUAAUUUCUAACAAAGAAAAUAAUAAUAGUUCAGAAGAAAGCUAAAGCCAAGAUUCUUAAUGA